AUGGAGCUUUAUAUACCUCCAAAGGGACUUACUUUCAGGCUUCAAAAUUAUCAAACCAACUGGGUCAUGUAUUCUAGAUUUUCUCCAGAACCUCAAUUGUAUCAUCACUCAGAUAAUGCAGAAUAUAAGGAUCAAUAUUGGACAUUGGUUCCAGGAACAGAAAAAAAACAUUCAGGAUAUUUUAGAAUUGAGAAUUAUUAUUCCAAAUUGUCCAUCUUUUCUAGAUUCACUGCUGAACCAAAAUUCUUUCAUUAUACAGGCGAUAAUAAACUUGAUGAUCAGUUUUGGACCUUGAUUCCAGGAACAGGAAAACAUCUUGGUUAUUUUAGAAUUCAGAAUUAUGUUACCAAAUGGUCCAUUUUUUCUAGAUUUUCUGAAAAUCCACAAUUUUAUCAUAAACCAAGCGAUGAUAAAGAUGAUGAACAAUACUGGAUUUUUAUAUUUGAAGAUAUGAUUGUUGAAAGUAUAAAUUAUCUCAUUGAUAAAGGAAAAAUUAAAAACACAACAUCAGUUGUACUUAUGAAACAAAUUUUUUCGAAUGAUACUUAUUUAAAACAAACAUUUAAUUUUAAAAUGGAUAAGGGUGAAAUUCAUAUGUCAAUUUUUGAACAUUCAUAUGGAUUUACUGUAAAAGUAGGAAUGGAAUUUAAAGCUGAAAUUCCAAGUGUAGGAGAGAAUGGAAUUAAUAUUGAAGCUAAAAAUGAUCAGAUUUGGAUUUUUGGUAAAUCUACAGAAUCAAAAAAGACAUAUGUAGCAGACUUUCCUAUCAAAGUUCCUUUAAAAGCAAAAAUAAUUGCUACAGCAACUAUUAAGAAGGCAAUGAUAAGUGUACCUUUUAUUAUGCAUCUUCAAUCUAAAAGAACAGGAAUUAAAGUAGAUACCUUUGGUACCUAUUCAGGUAUAGCAACUUGGGACUUAACAUAUACCUUAAGUGAAUGA